UCGAGGUAAUCCUCUUCCAAGUUUGCAUAAUCCUAACUCGCUGUACAUUGUCUUCUGCAGCGGUUGAUCAGGCCGAGUUGAUUACGAUGAAAACUGUAAAGGGAGCACGCUUGGAGCAACAUGGUAUAAAAGGUCAAAUGAGGAGAAUCCGAAAAAUCUCAAGUUCUGUUGGGUGUUCAACAAAGAAAACAUUACAGGAACUCUUGGAGGCUGAAGGUAAAGAAAAAUCACUAGAAGAACAAUUAAAAGAACAGAAUUUAGUUAAGAAAAAAGCCAGAACCCAAGUAAUCAGGUUUUCAGCUGUUGAUAGAAUUCUGGAUAAGAAAAUGUUUCGAAGAAAGAGGACCAUCAAUAAGAAGAAAGAUCUCUGUGAUGAAUAUGAAGAGGAUAUAGUUUUGAUAAAGAAGAGAGCACGUAGGGGCUAUAGAGGUUCUCAUGUUGUGAGAAAGGCCAGAAGUUUGAAAGAAAAAGUAGAGAGAGAUUCUGAUCCCAGAAUUUUUUCAUAUGUAUCUUCUUCACCAUCAUCUCCAUCCUCUUCUCCUUCAUCCUCAGUUACAGUUUUGAAUGGUUAUGGAAGUAAUGCCCAGAGAUACGCUUCAUGGCAAGAAAAGGAUUUGUUCCAAAAGCGGAGAAAGAAACAAAAGGGCAUAAGAUGCUGCCAUCAGUGCAAAAGAAAAGAUAGACUAAUGUUCAUUCCGUGCUACAAGUGUAAGGAGAAACUGUACUGUCUCCAAUGCAUUAAAAAAUGGUAUCCUCAGAUGUCAUCCAAAGAAGUUGCAGAAAAUUGCCCUUUCUGCCGUGGGAAUUGCAACUGUACUGCAUGUUUGCAUAUCAGUGGAAAUCUUAAGAUCUCACAGAGAGAGAUUACACAUCAAAAGGCCCACCGCACUCAGUAUUUGAUCCACUGUCUCCUUCCCUUUCUGAAAAAAAUACACAGUGAACAAUAUAAGGAAAUGAAAAUCGAGGCUAGAAUUCAAGGGUUAACCUUAUCUGAAAUUGAAUUGCCACUAGCCAAUUGUCGCAAUGAUGAGCGUGUAUACUGUGACAAUUGUGCCACUUCAAUUGCUGAUCUUCAUAGAAGUUGCCCGAACUGCUCUUAUGAACUCUGUCUUAGUUGUUGCCGGGAACUCCGUGAGGAAAACCUGUUAGGAGGUCCCCAAGAAGUUUUUAUCCAUUAUCCGAACAGAGGAUAUGAUUACAUUCAUGGUGGAGACCCUCUUCCAGGUUCUACUUUUGUGAAGAGAUCUACAGAUCAUCUUGAUAUGUUGAAUGAAUGGAAAGCCAAUGAUGAUGGAAGCAUUGCUUGUCCCCCAAAGGAAUUGGGUGGCUGUGGAUAUGACAGAAUGGACCUUAAGCAAAUUUUUCCAAAAGAUUGGGUUUCAGAUUUAGUAGCAGAAGCAGAAGAAAUAGCAAGGAGAUACAGGGUUGAACAACCUUACAAGAAAAACUACCACAGGGGUGCCGAGAUGUUAAGGAAAGCAGCUUCCAGAAAAGACUCCAAGGACAAUUAUUUAUACUGUCCAUCUGCAAGAGACAUUCUUAAGGAGGAGGAACUAGUAAACUUCCAGAUACAUUGGGUCAAUGGUGAACCUGUUAUUGUUCGAAAUGUGCUUGAGCAGACAUCUGGCUUGAGCUGGGAGCCAAUGGUCAUGUGGCGUGCAUUAUGUGACAAUAUGGAUACAAACAAUGGAUCAAAACUGUCUCAAGUAAAAGCCAUUGACUGUCUAGCUGGUUGUGAGGUUAAGAUUAACACCUACCAGUUUUUCAAAGGGUAUAUGGAAGGUAGAACAUAUGAUAAUUUAUGGCCUGAGAUGCUCAAGCUAAAGGACUGGCCUCCAUCUGAUAAAUUUGAGGAUCUCUUACCACGCCAUUGUGAUGAAUUUAUCAGUGCAUUGCCUUUCCAGGAAUACACAAAUCCUAAAUCUGGUUUACUUAAUCUUGCUGUAAAACUACCACAGGAUACCUUAAAGCCAGACUUAGGGCCAAAAACUUAUAUAGCUUAUGGGAUUGCCGAAGAGCUUGGAAGAGGGGAUUCCGUGACUAAGCUUCAUUGUGAUCUAUCAGAUGCGGUGAAUAUUCUAACACACUCAUCAGAAGUAGUGCCAACUAAAGAGCAGCAAUCUGCAAUAAAUAAGUUGAAAAAGAAGCAUAGAGCUCAAGAUGAAAGAGAGCACCUGAGUACAAUUCACUUAGAUCGUGUUAGUGAUGAAUGUUUUGAAUUUGAAGUAUACACCAAUAGAAAAACYUCUUAUGCUACAUCCAAAACUGCAAAUGUUGGUAGCAUGACAAUCGAAACUAGUGAAGCAACUGGAAUUUCAAAAGAAGAUAAUGAGGAAGAGAGUCAAGAGACAACCUUUCCUGGCUUCCCCCCAGAAGGAAGCAAUGAGGAAACAGGUGGUGCUCUGUGGGACAUCUUCCGGAGAGAAGAUGGUGGUAAGCUACAGGCCUACCUUAGAAAGCAUUCAAAAGAAUUUAGGCACAUUUAUUGUUCUCCAGUUGAGCAGGUUAUUCAUCCUAUUCAUGACCAAGCUUUCUAUUUGACACUGGAGCACAAAAGGAAGCUAAAAGAGGAAUUUGGGGUUGAACCAUGGACAUUUGAGCAAAGAGUUGGGGAAGCAGUAUUUAUUCCUGCUGGAUGUCCACAUCAGGUCCGAAAUCUCAAGUCAUGCACCAAAGUUGCUCUUGACUUUGUCUCACCUGAAAAUAUCCACCAGUGCUUCCUUCUGUCUGAUGAGUUCCGGCAACUUCCCAAAAAUCACAGGGCCAGAGAAGAUAAACUAGAGGUAAAGAAGAUGAUUCUUCAUGCGGUUAACCAAGCUGUGAAGGACUUGCAAGACUUGGUGCCCAUUUUACACUGAUAGUCUGUUUCAAACCGGGGAAUCUGUAUAAACUAUCUAAAUGAGAAAUUAUAAGCCAAUCUUCACCCCAAAUAUUUACUGUUUAUACCACCACUAACACCUCGGUUUUCAACCUGACCCUAUCCAAAGGAUCAACUUAAACAUUUCUUGUUUUACCUAAAUGUUUAGUUUUCCUUCAUUUUAUUUAGGAGGUCAGGGAGUUGAUCCAAUCCUGCGGUGAGAUUGUAAUAUAUAGAUAAAUCCAGAGGCAUUUUUGUAACUAACGACAUUUCAAAUUAGGCAUAGUAAAACCCAUAUCUUAUUUCC